AAUACAAGCCAUAAUAUUUUAUUUGCACGAUAUUCUACAAGUGCAAGUAUGUAUUUUGUUUUUUAAUCUUCAAUUUGAAGCUAAACUCUGUUAGAUGGCGUUAAACGACCAAAAUAAAUUUGUUCCUUCGAGAGUGAUGGAGUAGCGAAUAUUCCGAAGUUUGUUUAAAAAAUUCAUACAUGCAAAUAAAGUCGCAUAAAAAUUAAAGUGGUAAUAAAAUAAAAAUUCAAAACAAAAAUGUCAAAUUUCCAAACUCAACUUACAUACGCUUUAGGAAACAGAAUAAAGGUUCUUCCGAAAUUAAAAAAAGUAUUUCUUCGUCCUUUAAUACAAAUUGCUGUAAAAGCAAUAAAUCAAGAAUACAUUGAGAAUGGAGUAUUAGAUAGGAUAAGUCAAAAGUAUAAUGUACCAGAAGAAACAGUGGAUGAAUAUUAUUCAGUCAUUUUUACAAUUUUAAAAAUUCACCUAGGUUCAUUAUCUCAAAAUAUUAAACCUGCAGAAUUUAAGCAAGUAUUGGAGGAGCUAAAAUUAUCAUCAGAAUGCAUUGAUGAUUUUUCAACAGUUGUAUAUGGUCAAAAACGUACAGAGUUAAUAUCAGGACUGAUAGAAAAGACAAAGUUUUAUCCAUAUAUAGUUUCCUGUAAAUGGCGCGUAGACAUUACUAUUUCCUCUAGCAUGUUAAAUAGGGUUUUGGAACCACAUAUUGUUAUGGAAUGGACAUUUAACAAUGGAAAACGUCAAAUAUUUGAAUUAUCUCUAUCAAAGUUUCAUCAACUUCGACAUGCUGUAGCAACUAUACUUAUGGAAAUGCAAAAAGUUGAACAACAGUGUAUCUCAAAAAAUAUCAUGUGCAGUUGAUAAUUAUAUACAGACAAACUUUUAAUCAAUGUUUGAGCAACAUAUGAUAUUUAAGUACAAAAUGUUCCAAUUUUAACACCUAGAGUGCGCAAUAUCAUAUGCA